UAAAGAGCACUUCCGGAACCUCCCGGCAACUUGGCGUGCUCGGCUUGCUAAAGCCAGCUGCUUGACUCGCGUGCUCGGCCUGCUUUGCUCGCAGCCUUGCGCCUCCGUUUCCUGGCCUCAUGGCUGGGUUGACCCUGUUUGUGGGCCGCCUCCCUCCUUCGGCCCGCAGUGAGCAGCUGGAGGAGUUGUUCAGUCAGGUGGGACCGGUGAAGCAGUGCUUCGUGGUGACCGAGAAAGGGAGUAAGGCAUGUCGAGGCUUUGGUUAUGUCACUUUUUCUAUGCUGGAAGAUGUUCAAAGGGCCCUCAAGGAGAUUACCACCUUUGAAGGCUGCAAAAUCAACGUGACCGUUGCCAAAAAAAAACUGAGGAAGACAUCCAAGGAAAAGGAAAAUUUAGAGUCCCCAAAGAAGGAGCAGAAGCCUAAAAAAGCCAAAGUGGCAGAUAAGAAAGCCAGAUUAAUUAUUCGGAAUCUGAGCUUUAAGUGUUCAGAAGAUGACUUGAAGACAGUAUUUGCUCAGUACGGAGCGGUCCUUGAAGUAAACAUCCCUAAGAAGCCAGAUGGAAAGAUGCGUGGUUUUGCUUUUGUUCAAUUCAAAAACCUCCUAGAAGCAGGAAAAGCUCUCAAAAGCAUGAACAUGAAAGAGAUAAAGGGGCGGACAGUGGCUGUGGAUUGGGCUGUGGCAAAGGACAAAUAUAAAAAUACACCCUCUGCUUCUGCCCCAGGUGUGGAGAAGAGGCCUGAACCUAAACAUCAGAAAUUAGGUAAAGAGAAUGGCAGGAAAGAAGAGAAUAUGGGAGAGGAAGACGACGGUGAUGAUGAUCUGGAGGAGGAGGAAGAGGAGGAUGGUGAUGAUGGUGAUGAAGAGGAGGAGGAGAAUAAAGAAUCAAAGGUGACCAGGCCUGUGCACAUUCAGAAGAGAGCAAUCAAGAGGGCAGCACCUGCUGAAAGCAGUGAAGAGGAUCUUUCCGAUGAGGACAGCGACACCGAGGGAAGAGAUAGUGUUGACAGUGGAGAGGAACUGGCUCAGAGUGAUACUGACACUGAAGGGCAAGAGGACGAAGAUGAACAAAUCUCAAAGAAAAAGAAGAGGAAAUUACCCUCUGAUGUGAAUGAAGGGAAAACUGUUUUUAUCAGAAACCUGUCUUUUGAUUCAGAGGAAGAAGACCUUGGGGAGCUCCUCCAGCAAUUUGGAGAUCUUAAAUAUGUCCGCAUUGUCUUGCAUCCAGACACAGAGCAUUCUAAAGGAUGUGCAUUUGCUCAGUUCAUGACUCAAGAAGCAGCUCAGAAAUGCCUGGAAGCAGCUUCUCCAGAGACCGAGGGUGGUGGGCUUAAAUUGGAUGGCCGGCAGCUCAAGGUUGACUUGGCAGUGACCCGUGAUGAGGCUGCAAAGCUCCGGACAAAGAAGGUGAAGAAGCCGACUGGAACCCGGAACCUCUAUCUGGCCCGAGAAGGCUUGAUUCGUGCUGGGACGAAGGCUGCAGAGGGUGUGAGCGCUGCUGAUAUGGCCAAGAGAGAACGGUUUGAGUUACUGAAGCAUCAGAAACUGAAGGACCAGAAUAUCUUUGUCUCUCGGACCAGGCUAUGCCUGCACAAUCUCCCCAAGGCUGUGGAUGACACACAGCUCAGAAAGCUGCUGCUGAAUGCCAGUAGAGGGGAAAAGGGGGUGCGCAUCAAAGAGUGUAGGGUGAUGCGAGACCUCAGAGGAGUUCACGGGAAAAUUAAGGGUCAGUCCCUUGGCUACGCAUUUGCAGAGUUCCAGGAGCAUGAGCAUGCCCUGAGAGCCCUGCGCCACAUCAACAACAAUCCAGACAUCUUUGGGCCUCAGAAGAGACCAAUAGUGGAGUUCUCUUUGGAAGAUCGAAGGAAACUUAAAAUAAAGGAACAGAGGAUCCAGCGCAGCCAGCAAAAGGUGAUAUCCAAGUCCACAACUGGUGAGCCCCAGCAAGAGCGACCGGAGUCUGGAAAAGCCCGACAACGGAAAGCGGCUCAGGACCACACACAGGAGCAAAGCAAGGCCUCCCCAGAGCAGAAGCGGAAGGCGGGCUCUAUCUCAUGGACAGGAUUCCAGACCAAGGCCGAAGUGGAACAGGUGGAGCUGCCUGAUGGAAAGAAGAGAAGAAAGGUCCUGGCGCUGCCCUCACACCGAGGACCCAAAAUUAGGUUGCGGGACAAAGGCAAAGUGAAGUCUCUCCCUCCCAAAAAGCCAAAGCCCCAGAUAAACCAGAGGAAGCAAGAGAAGCAGAAAUUACCUUCCAAACAGGUACCUAAGAAAAAAGCUAAGGGAAAUAAGACAGAAAUUCGCUUCAACCAGCUGGUUGAACAGUAUAAGCAGAAAUUAUUGGGAACUUCUAAAGGAGCACCUCUUGCAAAGAGGAGCAAAUGGUUUGACAGUUGAUGAUGCCAGCAGACUGGAUAAGAAGCUGGAUUAUGCACUUCUUGGUAAAGCUCCCAGGCUCCUCCCCACCCUAGCCCCCCAAUGUCAUUUACCGAAGAGGAGACACCCCCUGAGUGCACUGCCACUUUGUUGGAGGGGCUCCCUGGGCUGUGCACAUCUGAACUUUGAUCCCUCCCUCGCAUGUGGUUAGUUAACCACAAAGAGAAAUACCAGAAAAACAUCGUGAUGCUUCUUGCAUCGUCCGGAUUAUUGUGUGAAGUUGUGUCUGUAACUAUUGCCCAUUUUUAAUUCUUUGUUUCUCAAAACAAGUGUAAAAUGCAUUCUUGAGUGAUGAAUUUUUAAGAUGUAUAUUUUGUUGUGUCUUGUAUAAGUAAGAUAUUUUGUGGCUUUUUGAAUAACAAACUAUCUCAUUUCUAAUA